GCCGGUACAGUAUUUUAAGUUCCAAAAGACCACAGAGUACAUUGUAUGUAAUAGUAGGGAACAAAAGACGUUUAAUAAAAGUAAAAGAACGUGUUUGUUUUGCGAAAAGGACGCUAUAAUAUUCUCUUGUGUUUUGUGCUAGCAUUAUAUCAAGAUGCCGAGACGUUGUGAAUUAGGAUGUGAACCUUCUGAUGUUCCACUUCAUGUUUUCCCAGAUCCAGCCAAAUAUCCUGAGCGGUUUAGGGCUUGGGUCACUAUUGUUGGUGGAAAAUUGGAAAAAUCUCAUGAUUAUGAAGAUUAUAGAAAGAGGAAACUUUGUGACAUUCAUUUUACAGAUAAAGACCGAAAUCGUAAUCAUCGGUUAAAUGCAUUAGCAGUUCCAUCUCUACAUUUACCUAGUAGUAUUCCUGCUAUUACAUUGCAGGAAACAAAUAUAAGCUCUGUUUCUGAAAGCUUAUCUACUGGGCCUUCAACUUCUUUCACAGCUAAGAAGAGAUCUCUUGUUAUAUUUGAUACUGAAUGUGAAACACAACCCCAUUUAUCUUAUGACACGGGACCACACAGUAAAUGCUGGGACGCUUGUGAUCAAAAAGAUGAUGCACUUAAAAAACUUAAUGUCAAGGAUGCUAGCACCCAAACUUCAGAAUAUAACAAUAAAGAUAUAGAUGCUAAUAUAAUAAAAUCAAAUGAGAGUUUUGGUGUGUUUAUUGCGCAAGAGUUGUUAAACGUACCAUUAAUCAAAAGGAGACAUAUUAUGUCUGAAAUUAUACGCUUGUUCGAGCAUUGAAGUCAAUAAUCAAAACUAGAGGAGAAAAUAAAAAUAUCUGUGACGUGAUUAAUAUUCUGUGAUUUAUGAACAUAAACAAAACAUUGUUUAUCUGUAAAUUACGUUUACCACAGCCGAUGGAUCCAAAAAAAACCAAUUACUUUUAUAAAAAUUUAUUAAUAUAGUGAAAUUUAAAAUAAAA